CUAUGUCAUGUCAUUCAAUGAAUGGUCAUACACAAUGAAACAAGAUACCACUAACUUCAUUUUAUGAGCUGCAAUUUAUAUAAUUAGAAGAGCUUACAGCACCUAAUAACAAUUUAAAGAUAAUAUGGCUAAUAUUACCGAAGAAGACUGGAAUAUUCCCCCAUACUAUGUCAUGUCAUUCAAUGAAUGGUCAUACACAAUGAAACAAGAUACCACUAACUUCAUUUUAUGAGCUGCAAUUUAUAUAAUUAGAAGAGCUUACAGCACCUAAUAACAAUUUAAAGAUAAUAUGGCUAAUAUUACCGAAGAAGACUGGAAUAUUCCCCCCAAAAAGUAUGAAUAUCUGGACCACACAGCUGAUGUACAGAUUCAUGCUUGGGGUGACUCACUGCCUGAGGCGUUUGAGCAAUGUGCCAAUGCCAUGUUCGGCUACAUGACGGAGAUUGAGUAUGUAGAGAUGGUAGAUACCCAAGACAUUGAGGCAGAAGGGCACGACAUGCUUUCUCUUCUGUUCCAUUUUCUGGAUGAAUUUUUGUUCCUAUUCAGUGCUGAACCGUAUUUCAUCGCUCGGAAAGUAAAAAUACUAGAAUUUGACAGAGACAACUUCAAGAUACAGGCUAGAGGUUUUGGAGAAACAUUUGAAUUAGGUAAACAUCCUCAGGGCACUGAAGUCAAAGCAAUAACGUAUUCAAAUAUGCAGGUUCAUGAAAAUGAUGGAAAGAGUGAAGUAUUUGUGAUUAUAGAUAUUUAAAACUAUUUUUAAUUAUACACAUAAAAGUA